AUGGCUCCAUUCUCAGCAACCGCCACUGUCCAGAACAAUACUGGGCAACAUCUUAUUCUACACAACCAAAUCAAUAUCGCCGGCAAUUGGAGCCCUGCUCCUCAAAGAACCAUUAGACCUGGUGAAAACGCCAGGCCUACACGAGUGGAGGAUACUAGUGGUGACUCUGGAGCCCACGGACGAAUGAUCUAUCAACUCAACGAACCUGACAACAGUAUUUUCCGUUUUGAGCUCCAGUUCCACGCUACCAGAGAAGGACGAAACGAAGUCUCUUGGCGAGUCCAACCCCAGACCAAUAGGUUCCAGAUCUCGAACGCGAAUGGGGACCCCGGUAGUGGGCAUCAUAUUCAGGUUCGCUUUGUCAUUCAGCGCACCUGGAGACCUUUCAGCUCACUCGAUACCACCAACAUCGACAACGAACCCUUUAUGUUGUGCACCAGCUAUGAAGACACCACUGAGGAAGAGUGCUAG